CUCAAAUCAGUUUGUUUGUGGACUCAGACGUCGACGGACGUGUGCGUUCGUUAAAAGAAACCGCAGAUUAAGAACGAUCCACGAGAUACAGAUACCGAUACCGCCAUCGAAGCAGUGAAAGUGUGCCGCACCGGAGACACAGAUACAAGGAAAAGAUAGAGAUAGAGAUUACGCGCCUGCCGACCAAUAUAAAAGCAAACCAUGGAGAGCCUGCCGCGCGCAUUAAACUACGAGCUCUCGCACGAUUUGCAUUUCGACCAUUACGCCGGUCCCGCCGCCCAGAAGAUUCUGAACAGCGGGAGGAAUUCUCCCGAAGCCUCCACGCCUACGAUCACCACUUUGGAUGCCAUUUCGGGCAGUGAUUUCCUGAAGCAGAUUGGCCAACAGAUCCUCAGCUCCAUCCAACUGAAGCAUCACCACCAGCUCAACGAAAUUAACCAUCCGAGGAACUCCACCAGCGAAGAUAUAAUGGAUUUCGAUCUGGCCAACCGGGUGGUUCUGGACAGCAGCAGUGUGGGCCAGUUGCAGCAGCAGCUGGAGUACGACAAAUUCAUGAACGAGGUCUGGAUCGGCAUCGUCUUUACCCUGAUCCUCAUCUCGAUGGUCUUCUGCAUCUGCUCCUGCUUCCUGUACCACCAGUUCCGAACCUGGAAACGCAAUUAUCACAACAAUGCCAAUGGCUCGACGCAGUGCACCGUUGUGGAUAUAGAGGCGUUGAAACUGCGUCCGGAUGCGGAGGAUCCGGUGCCGGAGUACACCCUGGUAUCUGGAUUGCCCAGCUACGAGGCGGCUCUGGAGCUGCUGCAGAAGUCGCCCCAGUCCUCCUGCCUGAUUGUCUACCCGAGUGUGUUUAAUGUGUUCAAUAAGCAGGAGAGGAGCGGCCAGGAGCUGCAGCAUCCAGGAGUUGCAACAUCAGCACCUCUAGCCUCGGCAGCUGAGAAUGUGGCAACACUGCAGGCACCUUCUUUUUGUGAGGCCACAACGCCGCUACUACCAGCAACAGCAACACCAGCAACAGCAACACCAGCAACAGUAACAUCAGCAACAUCGCCCACGUGCGAGGCGAUUAAGCCAAACUUUGUGAUGAUGCCAAUUGUGCCCAGUUAUGCGGAGGUAUUCGGCAGCUCCUACAAAACCGUCGACGAGAAAAAGAAAUCGAAGUCGAAAGACAGCCAGGUGAAAGACGACGUCAAGCGGUAGUGCCACCUCAAAUGUAUGCCCAUGCGGAUACCAAUCCACGCAACUGAGCUCUGUGAUACCUUCAUAUUCAUGCUGGAAAGACAUACUUUAUGUAAUUAAACUAAGCGCUGUGAUUAUCAAAAAGACGUUACUAAACAUACUACUCGCUACUAAAUGUGUUAGCUAGUUAGUUUCGCCAGAUUGUACUUAAUGACUCUGUAUCCAGUACUUAUGGAAACGCGAAGAUGCAUAUUGUUACUAGACUUAAGUAGGCCACCAACUAAUUAAUAAUAAAUUAUACACAAAAUACCUAACAAUUUAAA